ACGGACACAGUGACGCAAUUAGCGAUCGAUCAGAUACAAGCCACUAUCAACGGACUUCACAGCACUCUCCAGAAUCUGAAUGAACUUCGCGAGAAGUGGCUCCGUGGUACUCCUGAACCCGAUUUGGAGAAGAAGGCAAGUCUAUUGAACCCUGGUUCGAGGCUAUUUUCGUAG